UACAGUGCUAACAGGUUGUUAGCUUUUGUUAGCUGCCCUUUUCGUCCCACGUUUUUACAGGAAAGUACUGGAUACAAGUAUUUUAUACGUUUACAUAUUUUUUUUAAAGGAACGUCUAUGCGGGUAGUUAUCAGUUUUGUGUAAUAAGACGCUUCGUUUUAAAAACGACGUUAACCUUAGUUAGCUAACCUCGGACUAUUUUAACCAGCUAUCGUUAGCAGCCAGCCGUAGAGAGACUGCAGCAGCCACUACGCUGUAAUUAUCCGCUUGUGUUAAACUUUUUAUGUGAACUUUUAUUGUAUGAUUAGAGGAACAUAUAAAUAAGUGAUACAGGGAAGUUUGAUAAAUUAGUAACUUGUCUCUGAAAGACCAACGAGCUUUGAUUAGACUUGCUUGCAAAUAUUAGUAUCAGCUGAAAAGUCACAUGCACUCCUCUAUGUUUACCUGUUGAUAACUAAUUGUGCUAACUAAAUGCUCGUGUGCCGGAACCAAAAGAUUAACUAAGUCAGACCAAAAUGCCUUGACAGGGUUUUUAGUUUAUAAGGAAUAAAGGAAGUAUUUUUGGUGUAUUGACUGGAAAAAGGGACUUUCUUAGCAAUUCGCCAUGGCAAGUGCCUUAGCAGCGAAAAUGGGAUUUAACACUUGGAUUAAAAAACACGCCAAAUACUUCAAAGUAAAGAUCUGCACCUUGGAGUCAGACAUGGAGUUCAGAUGCGAGCUAAACUGGAAAGGAAAAGACCUUUUUGACCUGGUGUGUCGGACUUUGGGACUGAGGGAGACCUGGUUUUUUGGGCUCCGAUAUGACAUAAAGGACACAGUUGCUUGGCUGAAGAUGGAAAAGAAGGUUUUAGACCAGGAGGUGCCAAAAGAAGAGCCCAUCACCUUCCACUUCCUGGCCAAGUUCUACCCAGAAAACGCUGAGGAGGAGCUAGUGCAAGAUAUCACUCAGCAUCUCUUCUUCCUACAGGUGAAGAAGAAGAUCCUUGAAGAAGAAAUCCACUGUCCUCCAGAGGCCUCUGUGCUUUUGGCAUCUUAUGCUGUCCAUGCCAAGUACGGAGAAUAUGACCCUGAAGUUCAUAAACCUGGCUUCUUGGCUGAGGAGGAGCUGCUGCCAAAGAGAGUAAUCAACUUGUACCAGAUGACUGCAGAAAUGUGGGAGGAGAGAAUCACAGCAUGCUAUGCUGAGCACCGAGGCAGAACAAAGGACGAAGCUGAGAUGGAGUAUUUAAAAAUAGCUCAGGACCUGGACAUGUAUGGCAUCAAUUACUUUUUAAUCAGGAAUAAAAAGGGAACAGAUCUUCUGCUGGGAGUGGAUGCGCUUGGUCUGCAUAUCUACGAGCCAGAAAACAAGCUGACACCCAAGUGCUCCUUCCCAUGGAACGAGAUCCACAACAUAUCCUACAGCGACAAGGAGUUUACCAUCAAACCUCUGGACAAGAAAACCAAUGUCUUCAAGUUCAACUCUUCACGACUAAGAGUCAACAAACUGAUCCUGCAGCUGUGCAUAGGGAAUCAUGACCUGUUUAUGCGCCGACGUCGAGUGGACUCUCUUGAGGUCCAGCAGAUGAAGGCUCAGGCCAGAGAAGAGAGGGCCAGAAAGCAGAUCGAGCGACAACGUUUGCAGAGGGAAAAGCAGCUGCGAGAGGAUGCAGAGAGAGCCAGGGACGAGCUGCAGAGGAGGCUCAUUCAGCUGCAGGACGAGGCUCACAUGGCCAAUGAGGCACUACUGCGCUCAGAACAGACAGCAGACCUGCUGGCUGAAAAGGCGCAGAUCGCAGAGGAAGAGGCCAAGCUGUUGGCCAAGAAAGCUGCCGAGGCUGAGACAGAGAUGCAGCGCAUCAAAGUGACUGCCAUGCGUGGCCAGGAGGAACGGCGCAUUAUGGAACAGAAGGUGCUGGAGGCUGAGAAGCGAGCACUCAAGAUGGCUGAGGAGUCAGAAAGGAGGGCUAAAGAUGCUGAGCACCUGAAGCAGGACCUGCAGGAAGCCAGGGAUUCAGAGCGAAGGGCAAAAAACAAGCUGCUGGAGAUUACCAGCAAGGCCAUCUACAUGUCACCUGGACUUCCAUCUGACAGCGUCCCUCAAGACCUGAACUUCAGCAGGGAGAAUCUCAGUUUUGACUUCAAAGACACCGACAUGAAACGCCUGUCCAUGGAGAUUGAGAAGGAGAAAGUCGAGUACAUGGAAAAGAGCAAGCACCUUCAAGAGCAGCUGAAUGAGUUGAAGACAGAGAUCGAAAGUCUAAAGCUGAAAGAAAGGGAGAGUUCUCUGGACAUCAUUCACAGCCAGAACACAGAACAGGGAACCAGCAAGCACAGCAACUUUAAAAAGCUUACACUACAGAGCACCAAGUCAAGGGUUGCCUUUUUUGAAGAACUUUAAACUUCGUGUAACCGUGAGGAACGUCUGCGUUCUACAUUCCUGACUGCAUUACAAACCUUUUACUGCUGGAAGCAAAACCAGCCAAUGGCCAGGAAAAUAUCCACUGCUUUGAACUCAUAAACUCUAAGAGAAAAUAUAUCUAAAGAAAAACAGAGUCUGUGUUUACAAAACGACUGUGUAAGAGACUUUGAUAAAGGUAUUUCUAAAUCAUUUGUGUGGAAAUUAUUAAAGUCAAAUAAUCUACUUUGUCAAUGCUAAAGGAGAAGCUGUACUGCUUCUAUUCUAUCAUUAAUCUAAUACGAUUAUACUUUGGGUAUUUGGAAUAGUUAAUGUAUGAUGUCCAGUUGGAGUGAACUACAUUAUAUGAGUAAUGAACUAUUCAGCAGUUCACCAGGGAAAUAAACCACUAAUGUUACCCAAACCAAACGUUUGAUAUCUAUAUAUACUAAUCUGUGUUGAGUAUUUUGUUUUACCUUGCCUCUGCUGAAGCACUACAGAGUCAGCAUAUUAUGUUCUGUUAAAAUUUGUCUUCAUUUAAAAUGUAUAUUUCAGCUGCAAGUUAAGGUCAUUUCUCUGCCAUCUUAAAUGGAAAGAGCCAUUUGUUAAAUCAGUGGAGUUUACGAUCUGUGGAGAAUAUUAAAAAUGUGCUGAACACUGAAAUCUCCGUCAGGUUUAGAAGACGUUCCCUGCCUCCCUUUCUGCGGCGAAUGUAGAUGAACUGUUACCUAUGAGGCCUUAUUAACCAUGUUUACAUUGUGAAUACAUAUUUGAUAUAACAGAUAGGGGAGUCUCUAACCAAAAUAAGGUUCUAUUUAACCUGAAAAGGAGACCCUAAGUACUGGAUGGUCUUCUGAAUUUAAACUAAGCUUCUGAGAUAUUUUUUAUUUUGCAAAUGUUGUUUGUGCAAAAGAAAACCACUUUAAUUAGCAUAUAUUUUGAAUUAAUGUGAGUUUUUGAAUUAAUUCCUCCUUUCCCUUGGAAAGCAAUUAACUUGGGAAAAUGUAAUGUGAAGAAAACAUGAAUUUUCUAACAUCUGCUUUUAACAGGGAUAACCAGUUUUUCAAAUGAAGUUUGUAAAGCUGUUUCACUGCAUAUACAAUUUUACUGAAAACCUAACAGAUGUUUAUGUUUUGCAUAUAAAAUAAAUGAAUAUUAGAAUUA